AAUGCGCAAAUGAUGUUGAUGAUUUGACCCAAUAUUUAAAGACAGAAGUAAUUAUUCUUUGGUAAAUGAACUGACUAGUUUGUAUCUUGUGAUUUUGUGUAAAAUAAAACGCAGUAAAUGGCUUUUAACAGUUUUAAUGCCAAUUUAAACAUUAAAAAAUAGUUAUAAAUGAGUAAUCGUAAAAAAUUAUAUGCGAUAAAAUAUUUCAACGUGGGGUAACAUCCAAACGAUGGCGGAAAACUCGAAGGCGGGGGCGCAGCCACCCGUUAAAAUCGGUCACUACAUUUUAGGACAGACAUUGGGCGUAGGAACUUUUGGCAAAGUAAAAAUAGGAGAACAUCAGCUAACCAAACACAAAGUUGCCGUUAAAAUUUUGAAUCGCCAAAAAAUUAAAAGCCUUGAUGUUGUUGGCAAAAUUCGACGUGAAAUUCAAAACUUAAAGCUGUUUAGACAUCCUCAUAUUAUAAAACUAUAUCAGGUCAUCAGUACGCCAACAGAUAUUUUUAUGAUUAUGGAAUAUGUGUCUGGUGGUGAGUUAUUCGAUUAUAUUGUAAAGCAUGGAAAGCUCCAAGAACAUGAAGCCCGAAGAUUCUUUCAGCAGAUAAUAUCAGGAGUUGAUUAUUGUCAUAGGCAUAUGAUAGUACAUAGAGAUUUAAAACCUGAAAAUCUGUUAUUGGAUCACAACAUGCAUGUGAAAAUUGCUGAUUUUGGUUUGUCAAAUAUGAUGAUGGAUGGUGAAUUUUUAAGGACUAGUUGUGGAUCUCCCAAUUAUGCAGCACCUGAGGUAAUCUCUGGAAAAUUGUAUGCCGGCCCAGAAGUAGAUAUUUGGUCGUGUGGCGUUAUUUUAUAUGCACUACUUUGUGGAACGUUGCCAUUUGAUGAUGAACAUGUUCCAACUUUAUUCAGAAAGAUCAAGUCUGGGAUAUUCCCUAUUCCAGACUACUUGAACAAGUCUGUAGUUAGCCUCUUGUGUCAGAUGUUACAAAUAGAUCCUAUGAAAAGGGCAACAAUAGAAGAUAUAAAGAAACAUGAAUGGUUCCAAAAAGAUUGUCCCGCUUAUUUGUUUCCAUCACCUGUUGAACAAGAUUCUUCUGUGAUUGAUAUUGAUGCUGUCAGAGAAGUCUGUGACAAAUUUGGUGUCCAAGAAUCAGAAGUUCAUAGUGCACUUCUUAGUGGCGAUCCCCAUGAUCAACUUGCAAUAGCUUAUCACCUGAUCAUUGAUAAUAAACGUAUAGCAGAUGAAGCAGCUAAGGCAGAAAUCAAGGACUUUUAUGUGGCUGGAAGUCCUCCUCCUGUUAGUGUGAGUCCUAGUCCGAACUUGGCUGACCUGAAUAGCCCACUCAAACCUCAUCCAGAAAGGAUUGCCCCAUUAAGGGAUAGGGUUAUUGCUUCCAAUCAUGCUAAUGCUGCCGCAGCUGAUAGAGGACGAGUCAAAAGGGCUAAAUGGCAUUUGGGUAUACGAUCCCAAAGCAAGCCUAAUGAUAUCAUGAUGGAAGUUUACCGAGCGAUGAAGGCUUUGGAUUAUGAAUGGAAGUUGAUUAGUCCUUAUCAUGUGAGAGUUAGGCACAAGAAUAAACUCCAUAAUAGAUAUGUUAUGAUGUCAUUGCAAUUGUACCAGGUUGAUUAUAAAAGCUACCUGUUAGAUUUCAAAAGUUUGAGCAAUGAAGAAGCAGAGUCUAACAAUGUAAGCCCAGCCUCAUUGUUACUUGAUAACGUCCCAACACCGGUUCAGAGUGGGGAUGUAACCAAUAAGAAACCCACAGGGCAUCAUACCAUGGAGUUUUUUGAAAUGUGUGCCGCACUCAUCAUUCAACUUGCGCGGUAAACCAUUGUUACCCAAAAACUUAUUAAUUGUACUUGUAGUAGGAAGAAGUGUAAAAACAUUAUUAAGAGGCUUUUUAUGUUAUUUUCACCCUGCCAUUAAAAAAAAAGGGGAAACGUGUUUAGAAGCUAAUAAUGAUUUUAGAUUAUUUUUGAGGUAUUCUAUUGUCGGAAGAGCUUGAUUGUUAAAUAUUAUAUUUAUUAGUUAUAUUGUAAAUUCAAAACAAUAUAAUAUAUUACUUGU